AUGGCUGAUAUUAAAGAAUCUCCGCCACUUUUUGACACUAGCGAGGCGAAAAUCGACGAUUUAGAUGACGACGAUGAAGAUAUUUUUGCAUCGGCAGUACAGGAUCAAAGUCAAUUAGAAGAUUCUUCUCCAUAUAAUGGAGUAUCAACUAUUCCAGCAGAAUUACCAAAGUUGAGCUUACGAGAUGCACCAGAAGAAAAUUCAUUUUCGUCAGUAUCGAGUCCUGCACCAGGACCAUUAAGUUCACCAUUAGGACCAAUGACUAGUGAUAUAGGUGAUCUUCAUGAUGUUCCCAUAAACGAUAAUGUGGAUGUUCUUUCGACAAGUGUUAUGCAGAUUCAGUCAACUGAUGUGGUAUCAGCAGAUUCACCUGAUAUUUUUCUAAAAAUCACAGUAACUUCUCCUCAGAAAAUAGGUGAUGGAAUGGGUGCUUAUGUUGCUUAUAAGGUUGAAACAAAAACAAAUAUGCCAAUAUUUAGAAAGAGAAAUUUUAGCGUUAUUAGACGCUUCAGUGAUUUCCUUGGCCUUCAUGAUAAGUUAACAGAUAAAUAUCUUAGGAAUGGCAGAAUAAUUCCUCCUGCACCAGAGAAAAGUGUCAUUGGAACAACCAAAAUUAAAAUGUCAGGUGACAAGAGUCAAGAACAAAAUUCUAGUUCUACAGAAUUUAUUGAAAAACGUAGAGCAGCACUUGAAAGAUAUUUGAACAGAACUGCAGCUCAUCCAGUGCUUAGUGUUGAUCCUGAUUUUAGAGAAUUUUUAGAAGCUGAAACUACAUCUGCACUUAGUGGUAAAGGAGUUAUGAGGCUCUUUAACAAAGUUGGAGAAACUGUUAAUAAGAUAACAUACAAAAUGGAUGAAACUGAUAAAUGGUUUGAAGAGAAAACAUCGCAAAUUGAGUCUCUUGAUGUUCAGUUACGUGCAUUACAUUCUGCUGUCGAUACUUUAACCAAUCAGAGAAGAGAAUUAGCAACAUGUACAGGUGCAAGUGCAAGAUCAAUUGCAGUUCUUGGUCAUGGAGAACCAGGAGCAUCUCUUGGAAGGGCAUUAGCUCAGUUGGCUGAGACAUUGGAAAAAGUAGAGGUGAUAAGAAGAGCACAAAGUAAUAGUGAUCUCUAUCAAUUUGGAGAAAUGUUAAGAGAUUAUGUUGCACUUAUUGGCGCAAUAAAGGAUGUGUUUCAUGAACGAGUAAAAGUUUUUCAAAAUUGGCAACACGCUCAAAUGAUGUUAAAUAAGAAACGAGAACAGAAAGCAAGAUUAGAACAAUCUGGAAGAACUGACAAAACAAGUCAAGCUGCUACUGAAGUAAUAGAAUGGGAAUCAAAAGUUGACAGAGGACAAGAAGAAUUCGACAAUAUUUCAAAAAUGAUUAAAAAAGAAGUUGAACGAUUUGAAUUAGUAAGAGUGGAUGACUUUAAGAAACAACUAACAGAAUACUUAGAAUCCAUGUUACAAUAUCAAAAUCAACUUAUUAAAUAUUGGGAAAGCUUUUUGCCUGAAGCACGAGCAGUCGCAUGAACAUUC